ACGCGACAUAUCUUGCUCCCCGACACAUGCGGAUGUUCCUGGGCCAGAAAACGUACCAGUUGCAUGACGAUACAAAACGGGAAUAGGCCGGAACUUUGGCGUUGUCCCCAAGCAAGCUAAUCCGGCGUGUUUUAUAGCGCUUAUUGCCCCAUUAUCGGUCCCACGGCGAUAAGAAGUUGGCUUUGCCCGUGAAGCCGAAAUACGUACUCAUUUCUUCCAAGGCAGUAAAGGAACACGAACGGACAGAUGGAUAGAUACAGGCCUAUGCAACCGGCCAAGCCUUUACAGUUCCUCUAUCCUGCAGCAAUGUCAACAAAGAAGCUAACCCUCUUCUUCACUGCUGUCGUCAUAAUCAGCGUCAUCAUAGCCGUCCCACUCGUCGUCAUUCAAAAGAGUCGAGCCAAUGAGAGUUUAGCACACAAAAUGCUGACAGAGCACGGUUCAUCUGGUUCGAAAGAAAGCAUCGCGAAUAUCCCCGCAACGACGAACCAAAAUUUCUUUUCCCAGACAGAUGAACCCAAGCGAGUUCCUGAGAGUCAAACGCAGAGUCUCACAACACACCAAGAUACGUUGAAUAUUGGAACAUUCGGCGAAGCCAUCACGUCGGCGACACAACGUUCAAUCGCAGCAGACACAGAGAAAGGAAUGCUCACCGAGGGUUCUGCGACUGAGAAGCUGUCGUCUGCUACGGAACGCGCCGACAGCGCUUUGUCAUCUGCUACAGAACGCGCUGACAGCGCUUUGUCGUCUGCUACAGAACGCGCCGACAGCGCUUUGUCGUCUGCUACAGAACGCGCCGACAGCGCUUUGUCGUCUGCUACAGAACGCGCCGACAGUGCCUUGUCGUAUGCUACAGAACGCGCCGACAGCACCUUGACGUCUGCUACAGAACGCGUCGACAGCGCCUUGUCUUCUGCUACAGAACGCUCCGACAGCGCUUUGUCGUCUGCUACAGAACGCGCUGGCAGCGCUUUGUCGUCUGCUACAGAACCCGCCGACAGUGCUUUGUCGUCUGCUACAGAACGCGCUGGCAGCGCUUUGUCGUCUGCUACAGAACCCGCCGACAGCGCUUUGUCGUCUGCUACAGAACGCGCCGACAGUGCUUUGUCGUCUGCUACAGAACGCGCUGAUAGCGCUUCGUCGUCUGCAGACCUAUCAGCACCACCUGACAAUGUAGCCACGGACCCCGUAACCAUGAAUCCUUUUACAUUCGAGUCUGUAUCUAAAAAUACCGACGGCGGUCAAGCAUCCCUUAACGCAGAUGUAACGCCAGUGAAAUCAUCUGUGUCCAAAGACAUCACUGCAGAACCAGCAACUCUGUCUGACAAUGUAAUAGCAACAAAACCGUCUGUGUCUGGCGGCACGGAUGCGCCAUGGAUCGAGCCAUCUAGCAAACUGACGACUCUCGAAGCCGAAGUCACAACUUCUCAGCUUGAAAUUGAAACGGACUCAGGAUCUGGAAUCACGAGAGACAUACCUCUUGCCUCAGACGCAGCCACAGCAGACGACACCACAAACAUGCCGUCUGCUAUUGGAGCGUCUGAACCGACGGAGAUCAACGUACCCGCUUCCGAAGGCACAUUCACAGCAGGUGCGACACAGUAAAUGUUUGCUGGCUGUUGUGGCAAUCUGCACGGACAUUGUCAUCGUUUGGCAUCAUGAUAUGAUGGCAUGUAUUGAAGCCAAGGUUGUGCGCAGCAAUACUGCCACACGAGCGAAACGUCAUGACAUCUGCUACGCGUUCACCUUCGAAUAAUGUGCACAUACGAUAUCCGUUACAUGUACGCGUGACUAAUGUCCGUUACGUAUCGCUCGUUUCCGAGUGAUGACGCAGGUAUGAUUGUUUUUCUAACGCAAUACUUUGAAAUAAAUUGAAGAAUUGCAUUUUGAAAUAAAAAGAAAAAUCAC